CUAGAGGAGUAUCUGAAGUAUUUUGAUUCAAUAUGGCGGAAGAAAAUUGUCCCAGACGAAACAAAUAGAAAAGGAGUUAUAUAUUCAGCAUCUAAGUAACAGAAUGAUAACCCUGAUGGUAACGGAAGAAGGAAUGGUGGGAUGUUUAACCAAGUAUGAAUAAAGGUAGACAUGAGGCUCAGAGAGGAAACAACAUGCCGACGACUAAUCAAAAGUCAACUGAGUUCCCUUGUCAGAAUGGGGCAGAAAGUCCCAUGAGUCAGUUUUCCAGUGAGAAUGAGAAGUCAUCUCCAGAAUCAUCCGAGAAACGUAAAGAGAAAACAUUCAAUCCAGAUUUUUCGAAUGAGGGUCAUAAUAGAUUGGUAAAUGGCAGCAACCCAUCUGUCAACGGGCCUGUUAAUGGAUUCUUACAUGAUGACACAGAUACUCAUAGGGCAACUACAGCAUCUGUUAGCUCGCAGGAAGAAGUUACUGCGUCGGGUCAUUCUUCAAAUUUUGUUGUGAACUGUAGCCGCUGUAGUAAAUACAAGAGACCCCCUCAAGUCAAUGGGUCACAGAAGAGACAAAAGUCACCAAAAGCAAGUAGACCUAAGUCUAUGUCAUGGAGUCGUGUUGUCAAACACAGAAGAGAUCAAAGAGAACACGAGAAGAAAACUGGUUCAAAGUCUAAAAAAGAAAAAUACAUGUACCCAGAACUUGACUCUAGUUCAGAUGACUCAUGUUACUGUUUCAGUUCUCCAGAGAAUGGGGAGGUACACAGUUAUGAUAGAUCAUCUACAGAAUCUGAAGGAGAUGACAAGGAAUAUUCAAGAAAAGAUGGUAAUUCUAAAUCCAAACCAAAUCACCACUCCAGGACAAGUGAACAAGUAAAAUACACCAAUGGUCAUCAUGAACAAGUUCAUACUGUAAAUUUACCACCUAGGUUUGAAGAUAUGCCAAUAACUGCCCCCUUAGCAGUCCCGGAGGAUAGCGAUGGGUCUUCUCAAAAUUCUGGUUGUGAUUUUAAAGAAAAAGAGACAGAUGUUGGAAGUGAUCAAAAUCAGUUGUCUGACACCAACCAUGGAAACAAAACCAGUGAUGUUGAACAAAGUAUAAUAGGAAUAGGUAUGCUUGAAAUUGAAAAAGAGGUUGAAAAUGUUUUCACUCAUGUAUCCAGUUCAGAAAGUUUGGAGGAGAUUGCAGAUGAAGAGAACUCGAGCGAGAUUCCUUUGAAUAGAGGUGGUUUGGUUGUAGAGGAAGUGACUGUACCUUCUAGUUCAGAAAGUCUGGAUGAAAUUGGAGACUAUAUAGAAACAGAUUUUCCUUCUCGAGCCAGUCGUCACAUGUUUGCAUCUAGCUCAGAUCAUUCUUCAACAUCUAGUGAUGAAGAUGAAGGAUAUGGAGUUAAUCAGGAAAGAGAUUUACACAAUAAAGAAAAGAAGUUAUCUUCAAGCCAAGGUCUGCAAAUCAGUGAAAAUGGAGAGAAACAAAGUAAUGAGCCUCAAAGUCCACAGUCUUGCCAUGACUCCCAUGAUGAUAAAAAAGAUUAUUCACAAAUGGAUGAAUUGGAAGCUUUUCAUACAGACUCAUUUGCUGAUGUAACAGCAAAUUUAUGUUAUAGCAUGGAAGGUCAGUCGUCAAGUAUUGCAUACACCUGUAGGCCAAAGUAUGUAACAAAGAACAGUGAGGAAAGCAGUGAAAAGCCAGGGUCAGAUUCCUCCCACAUGUACUCGCCAGAAACAGAUUUCUUGGAUUCUGUUGACUCUGACGUGCCCACGUCUGCUUCAAGCUUGCAGCAGAUGUUCUUGUUCAGUCAAGACUUGGACAAUCCUAGUGUGAUAGGCCAUAGAAAUGGUGAGAGAAAUUUGUCCGAGUUCUACAUGUUUGAUCCAUUUGGUUACGCAUCCAAUGAUCUACAAGGUGCUGAAGGAGGGGUUACAAAUGACUUGAGCAUGAGAAGACAUUCAUUUGAGUUUGAUGAUGUUGAGUGCAAUAUGGAAUCUUAUGACCCUCAUCUCUGUGUAGAUGACAAUGAACAUUUUAAUUAUCUGGAUACCUACAAACAUGGAAAAGUGCCACAAGCCAAUUUUCAAAAUUCAGAAAGCAACAGACAAGAGAAGGUGUUUUUUAAAGAACUGGAAAAAGAGAACAGGUCAACACCCCAUUGUGAUUCUUCCGAUGAAGAAGAGAAUUUGAGUUUCCGUCUACAAAGGGAACAUCAGGGUAACGUUCAACUGGGACAUUUUCCUCAAGAAAAUGGACCUUGUAUGGUACUUGAAGAUCUGGAAAAUCCAACACAUGCUGUGAGAAAUGCAGUCAUUAUGCCCCUGCCAAAUAAACUGGAUGAAUCUUCAGGGGAAAGCUCCGAAGAUCCAAUCUAUGAAGAUAUUGAUAGUUUAGAGGCCUCUCUGUCCUCCAUAGAUAAUUUACAUGCAGUGCAAGAGGAAAACACUUGUGAUACUUAUUCGAAGGGAAUGUGUAAGUUUGAUCGGCGUAGGCGUCGGGGGAGGCGACCAGUGGACGUAGAGAAGGUGAUGAUCUGGCAUGAAUACGAGGCUUACCUGUUACAGGUGAAACAGAUCGGAACAUCUGCCUGUGGCCCCACAGCGGUGCUAACAGUUCUGAAAGCUUUUGAUUAUCAAGUUGAUAAGGAAGAAGUAUGCAAGAAAAUUGUAACCAACAUCAGAAUGGAAACAGCUCCGAUCAGUUACUAUCUGUUCUCCAGAUCAGUAGCAGGUACGACAGCUCAGCAGUUGAUUGAAGGUAUCCACAGUCUGACCAGAGGCACCAUACAGGGUAGAUUUUUCCACUUUUAUCCAGCCAGAAAAGUAGAGCUACUCAAGUGGUUAGGUGGUUGGAUCAAGAAAGGUGCUGUGCCCAUAGCAACAUUGAAUUUACAGAAGGGGGUAAAACCUGGAUGGACCAUUCCUGAUGCUUGGCAUCAUCAGAUGAUAUACGGAGUCAGUUCCAAAGGUGUAUAUUUGACAAAUCCACUAGAAAUAGUUCCUGAGGAGACGAUCAUGGAACAGCUGACCAGUGAUUCUAUCCUCUUGGUCCGGCGUCAGGACGUGGUCAAUCGGUUCCGCGACUGGUCUCCCCUCAAUGAUCUAAUCACCAAGAACGACAAGAGAUGGAACGAUAUGAAUGUUUUAGGUCAGGUGGUCAACGUGCUUCGUGAUGCCUGCACCGCUAUGUAUCAGCAACCACCCAAUUAUCGCGCCCAGCUAACCACCCAUAUCUCGAUCCCUGCGGCCUACAAAGCUGGUAUAACUCUGUAUGUUCGUCAAAACACUGAAGUGGCACAAGAGCUUUUUAAUGCACCUGAGCUAGAGUUUAAGGACUAGGAAUGCUCCGUCAACUUUGACCUCUCCUGUAUCAUCACCUUGGUAACUUGGUGCUUUUCAGCAUUAUUUCAGGUGGCUUCAACUUGAGUCUUUCCGCAUAUUUUCUUUUCAAACCAAUGCCUAAAAGUGCUGUUUGUUACUUUUAACUGUUAGUGGUUGUGUGCAUGGACUUUUGUUUUAUUACUCUUACCAGUGAAACUUUAAUCUGAAGUUCUCUAUAAUUUUGAGUCAAUAUUAACAUAUGUUAGAUAUGUUCUUUACUGUAGGUAAUGCCCUCUGCUAAGACAUGGCUAUUCAUCGUGUAUAUUAAUAAAUGUAUGUACCUGUUGAAAAAUUCCACUGAGGCAGUGUAAUCAAUAAUUACCGUUAUAACAUUGUAAACAUAUGUACUGUACAUUUACAGGUUUGGAAAUUCUCUUAACAGAAAUAUUAAAAUAUAUAUUUGGUGAUUCAUUUGACCAUAUUUUGUUGUCAUGUAUUUCAAUAAUGCAUUGUAUUGGUCGAUGCCUGUUUUAACAGUGUUUCAGUGUGAUGCAAGAUGAAUUCCAUUUAUCAUUACAUGUAAUAAACAUCCUUUUGAUUUCAUUUUAUUAGAACUUGCUAAUGAUUGUGUGAAUAUUUUGCAAAAAAAAAACGAAGCCCUCAUAACUGAUGAUAUUUGAAUUAGAUUUAUGGAUUCUAAAUCAUUAUUUUUCAUGAGAACAAGACAGGCAUAACAAAUAGAAUUUAAUGUAUGAUAUGAUAAUUGUACAUACUUGUAGUAUUGAAAGUCGAACAUAAUGUGUAUUUUGUGGAUUCCUACACUUUCACUAGUGCUUAUGAGACUCGGCACACGUUUAGUAUACACUGUAAGGUAAUUCUUCCAAUGGAUUCAUUGCCUUUGCCUUGAAAGCUUGUUAUUUUUCAAAGUAUUUGUACACUGACUUCAUCUUUCAAGAUUUUAUGAGAUUUUAUCCAACUCUUUAUUUUUUUGAACAAGAACUGCAGGUCUGAUUGUAAUGAUUUUGACCAAAGAUUAACUUUAUUUUUACAUGUAUCUAAAUCUUCGUUUAAAGUGUGGCAUGGAUGUUUACAAGAAUGAUAUAAACCGGUUUACUGUGAGAAUGACUUGACGACUAGUGAGGAGGGAAUUCUUUGUUUUACUGAGGAGAGAGUCCAUUACUUUCUUAUGCUACAUAAUCAUGUUACAGAAUCGCUACAAAAUAGUACUGUGGUGUUCUCAAUAUUGGGUUGUUUGUGGUAUUAAAUCAAUGUAUUUUUUCUUCCCUUUACCAUUGCUAUUUAGAAAGGAUUUUGCAAGUAGUUAAGAUGGAUGCAUAAUAAGAUUAUGUGUUUGUAUUCUUUAUACAUUUAUGUAUGUAUGUAUGAUCAAUGAUGUACUUGUGUACAUGCAAUGCAAAAAAUAAAUCAUGCUAGACUCUCAA